AUGCUGGCCCGGCCGUGUGAUAAGCGGGUCAGUUUGCUAUCGGUCGUGCGAUCAUUCCUGCGGGCUUGCCUAAUCGCAAUCCGCAGUCUGGUGAUGGCCAACGUAGCGAUCGAUUGGACGCAAGUGAAACCGGUGGAACAGUUGGAUCAUUACUGGGCACGCGUUCCAGCCGAGUGGCAGUUUCUGCGCAACGCUAGCGAUGGAGCGAAGGCGGCAUCGUCCGGACGCAUCACCAACGGUGCAGAGGCAAGCCCGAGCCAGUUCCCGUACCAAGCCUUGCUACUGGUCGAGUUCGGUGCCCUGACAACGCUGUGCGGUGGUUCGGUGCUGACGAAUCACUACAUCCUAACGGCGGCCCACUGUGUUAUGCUUGAUCAGACGACAAAGGCCAGUGCUGGUACGGUCAUCUUGGGUGCCCUCAAUCGCUUGGAACAGGAACCGUCCCAGCAGCGUAUCCGGUUCAGCCGAACGAGCAUCUUCGUGCACCCCCAGUACACGGCCUCUAAUCUACGCUUUGAUGUCGCCGUCAUGCGGCUCGGUUCAACGAUAGUGUUCAACCAGUGGGUCCAACCGAUCGCCCUACCAUCGCGUAACGAUUUGCGAACCUUCGAAGGGCUCAUCGGCACGGUGAGCGGUUGGGGACGCACCAGUGACGCAACCGGUGGCUUCGCAACAAUCCUUCGCUACACUCACAAUCCAAUCCUAAGCAACGGCGGGUGCAUCGAUCGGUGGGGUUCGUUGCUGGUGGAACCACAAAACAUCUGCCAAUCGGGUGAUGGUGGUCGGUCGGCCUGUAACGGUGACUCGGGUGGACCACUGACCGUAACCAACGGUGGCCGUACGCUGCAAGUCGGUGUGAUUUCGUUCGGACCGGAUAAUGGCUGCACUCGCGGGAUGCCGGUGGUAAUGGCACGAACGUCCUUCUUCCUCGACUGGAUCGCCGCCAACUCGGAUUACGUGGUGAGCUAG